AUGGCGGGCGCAGUGCGGCAACCCAUUGACGAAAAGGCGUUUGCAAAGUACCUUGAGGAGAAUGUGCCGGUAAUCAAGACGCCGAUUGAUCUGAAGCAGUUCGGCUUCGGACAAUCCAACCCAACAUACCAGAUCACCGACGCAACCGGCAAGAAAUAUGUUCUGCGCAAGAAGCCACCGGGGAAGCUGCUGUCCAAGACGGCGCACAAGGUGGAGCGCGAAUACCGGGCGCUGCACGCGCUCGAGACGACCGACGUGGCGGUGCCCAAGACGUUUUGCCUGUGCGAGGACGACUCGGUGAUUGGCACGCCGUUUUACAUCAUGGAGUUCCUCGACGGGCGCAUCUUUGAGGACUUCCUGAUGCCGGGAGUCAGCCCCGCGGACCGGACGGCGCUGUGGAAGGAGGCGAUCCAGACGCUGGCGCGGCUGCACGCCGUGGACGUGACUCAAGUCGGGCUGGACAAGUUUGGCAAGGCGAGCGGGUUUUAUAGCAGGCAGACGCAGACGUGGGCGACGAUUUGCAUCAGCCAGAGCAAGGCGGUUGAUAUCGAGACCAAGGAGCCCGUGGGACAGCUGCCGCACUUUGACGAGCUGGUGGGCUUCUUCAAGGACGAGAGGCUGCAGCCCAAGGACAGGGCGACGCUGGUGCAUGGGGAUUUUAAGAUUGACAAUUUGGUCUUUCACAAGACGGAAAAUCGGGUGAUUGGUAUCCUAGACUGGGAAAUGUCUACGAUAGGCCACCCCCUCUCCGACGUCUGCAACUUCAUCACGCAGUUCUACCUCGCUCGCUCGCCCGGCGCCUCCGCCUACAGCGACAGCGAAAAGUUCCUCCCCGGAGCCACGCCCGGCCUGCCGCAGCCGGACGAGAUCCUGCAGUGGUACACCGAGGUGUCGGGCUACGACCCGAGGCCGGAGCUCAGCUGGGGCGCGGCGUUCAAUAUCUUCAAGCUGGCGGGCGUGUGCCAGGGCAUCGCGGCGCGGUACGCGGCGAGGCAGGCGAGCAGUGCGAAGGCGAAGAUGUAUAUCGGGACGAGGGGACCGUUGGCGGAGUUUGCGUGGGAGUUGGCGCAGCAGGCGAGGGAUGCGAAGGCGAGGGAUUCGAAGUUGUGA